AACACACAGCCGUUUCGUUAUGAAAGAUGACAAAAUUGUCAGUCCAUCCAAGGAGGAAUCCGUAUCGAAUAACCCAAGUUGGGUUGACGAUGUGAUUGGACCCGACGACUUCGAAGCGUUCGAGUUCAAUCUGCACAAAAACUGGAGAGAUUCAGUUCUGGAUGAGCUCAGACAUAACUUGAGCCUUUUUUUGACUGUACACACAAGAGUGCAAAGUUCCAAAAAUGUGCGACUACGAAAUCAGUUGAUGCUGGAUGUGCAGCAAGUCGCAAACGAAGCACCGGGAGUCUUAGUUAGCCUCUUGAAGAAAAUUCAAAAUAGAUUCAAAAUUGGACCCAUCGAGUUGGUUGAAAAAUAUCGAUACCUGCUGAACUCCAUCAGGAACCUUCGCCAAACGCCAAUCGCGAAACAAGAAGAAUGCCCACCGUAUCGAAAGAAAAGAAACGAAAGGGAAAUGUUCGAGUGUAUCCCGGAUAUGCUGAUGAACAAAGCGAGAGACUUGAUUCUGAAGAAGAACGUUAGAUUUCAGCUCGAAGAAAUCGAGGAAAUCAAGUUGAAACUGUUCAUCCUGCAGGAACGCAGUGCUCGAGAGAUCAACGAGAUGCUCGAAGAGUCAGCGCAGGAAAUGACUUUCAGGUAUGAGGACGACAAGCUCGACUUUGCCGUACUUCAGGAGGAAAUGUCCAAAAAAGUGCUUGCGACGAACGAAAACGAAAAACAGUACAACGAAUUGCUCCAAGAGCACGAACAGAAGGCGCGAAAGUUGCGGAAGGCAAUCGUACAGUUGCAACGUGCGAUCAAGGAAUAUGACACAUACAUUGGGGAACCGAUGAGAGAGCUGAAGGUGGAGGAGGACGAAAUUGAUCAAGCUAUGGAAUGGAAGGCUACCGUUUUUGACCCCCAGAACGAGCGCUGCCGGCAGCUGAGAUUCAACGUAGAACUGCUGGAGGCCGAGCUGAUUGAGAGACAGGUCGAGAAGUUUAGAUUUUUGCACGCCGUCAGGGUGUUGCAGAGGGCUUGUCGAAAGGCUUUGGAGAGGAAAAAGUCCAAAAAGAGGAGGAAGAAAACGAAAGGAGAUCGAGGUGUGAAGAGAGGUGGGAAAAAAGGUAGAAUGAAGAAGUAG